AUGCCGGGCGUGGAAGUGAUGGGGUCGUCGGAGGAUUUGCAAGCAUUCAAAAGGCCACUCCUAAGGUCUCACAAGACGCUCCCUCGGCGGGGUGUAAUUGUUCCUAGCAUCGAAGUCAUCCAACCGGUCUCCCCGGAUCAGGAUGGGAAACAUAGAGCGACACCGUCGCUUCCCUUGACACCGCCGGGUGCAGGCCACGAAGAACUCGUGGUUGACGAACGAACACCCCAGAGAAUGAAUUCUUCUCUGUCAGAUAUGCCGGUUUCUGGGAUGUUAACCCCUCGCCGUUCCUCUAAGCCUCCGACCCCAGAUGUGACGCCUCCUCGAACAAGCUCGGACAAGCGACCUACCUUGAACCAGUUUGGUUAUUUCUCCUCGUCAUCUCGCGCCGAUUCAUUCCAAACGGCUUUGGAGAGUAUCUCACCGGGAGAAGAUAUGACCACCCCGGUCCACAUGUCUCAGACUGCGACCCCCACUGCGAAACAAAGGAGGCAGCCCUCAAAACCACCCGCCUCAAUUGGACAUAUUUCACACUUGACAGAUAUAAAAAGAUCACCGCCAUCUACUUUUCAACAGUAUAGCGAAACUGAAUGCGAUACUAGAUUCGAGUCUUUCGAUGGGCAUUGGGCCGCAAACCUGAUCGAUGGGUCGCCAACACCGUUAGUCGGAAAGCGAAAGUCUGCACAGAAUCACACUCAGCCAGUCAAUGACUCAAUCUCUGCGAGAGAUGCGCUGGAUGUAAAUCACCUUGAUGUGUCUUUGAUGAGAGAGAAAAGCCGACGGGACCGCGUUAAUGGUGUGCAAGAAGCCCAAGCAAGUCCUUCAAUGGAGCUGUUCCGUGAGAAUAUUGGGUCAUCAUCAUCGGAGGGUUUGGCAAAAUCCAGUAGAUCGGACGCCCGUCCUUUGUCGGUCAUCUCCUCGACGUCCACCGUUGAGGCUAUGAUAAUCGACUCCCCAAAACGAGCCCAGCGAAUGCUCCGGCAUACCGAAAAGAAAAGCUCUCUGCGGUCUGCCAGCUCUCCCAUCCCAAAAUCUGAGCGUACAUCUUAUGGCUCCAUCCCUGAAUCCCAGCACCGCCUGGUUCACAAGGCUGCUCGCAUUUCUGAUCAGGAUUUUCGAAGCAGCACACCGGAGACUUCUUUCUCCGCCAAGACCAGGAACAGUGUAAUACAGCCCAAUGUCGAAACUAUCAACGUCGUGGUCAUACCGGAGAGAAGGUCUUCUCUAAAUUCCCGUCCUAACAGCCAUGCUUCUUCCAAACUUGGUUCUCAGCGAUCAAGCCGUCGUCCUCCGACAGCAUCAACUGGCCACACAGAUAUCCCGGUGCAAAAGAGACGCACUGUGUCUGAUUCAGUGUCGGCCCGAUCUCGAUCUCGCGAGGCCGAUCCGAGGGGUUGCUCCAUGGAGAGGCCUGUCAUCCCAGCCCGGUCCUCAUCGCUUUCUGCGCCGACCAGUCGGAACAAUUCUCGCACAGCUUCUCUCACCUCUAACAGCCUGCGAAGUCGUACCACGGAGCGUCCCGUCAUACCGCCCCGAAGCUCGUCGCUUUCUGCGCCAACGAGCCGGAACAAUUCUCGUGCGACUUCCCUUACUUCAGACAGUCUACGAAGCCAUAACUUAGCCAUGGAGUCCGAGAUACGGAAGAGUCGUGAGCAUCAGCCGGUGUCCCCGCCUCGCCACAACGUUUUGGCUUCGCCUGAUCGCCGUAGCCUACUCGAGGCUCCCAAUAUGCGCAACCUCUUUGUUAGCUCCGAUGAUAUGGCAACCCUGCGUCCUCCCUCUUUGCCUUUUACCCAGGGCUCGGUUCCAUCGUCUUCACCGGGUCCCAUCGAAAUCCAAGAGGCUACAGCCGUCAGUCUGUUCGCGCACAACAACCGAUCGCUGCUGCUUGUUGAUCCUCGGGUACAAGCCUCCUCGAGGGGCCCGUUCCAAGCGCUUGGGAUUUCUUAUGAUUUUCCCCAGCCCCCUCGCACACCCGACAAUCCACCACAGAUGGCAAUGUUUAAUGCAGACUCACCUUUGACAAACCCACGCCCUCCCCCCAAGCCCCCAUCCGCCGCACCUCUCCCCCCGCUUCUAUCACAUGAAGCUCAGGAUGAGAACAAAGGCCUUGGUCGACGAUGGAGUUCCGUCCGUCGUACCUGGAGCGCACGCCCUAGGUCGGAUUCCUUCAGCAAUAUGGCGCGGUCAUUCUCAAUGAAAUCGGCCAAGAACCGAACCGCAGGAAUGGAAAUGGAUAGUCGUCAGCAUCCGUUUUGGCGACCCCGUGGCUUCUGGGAAGACGUGCCCAGUUCCCCAGAGAAAGAACCCUCGCCGACGCGACAACCUUUGCCGCGCACAGAUGAGCCCUUGGUUGUGAACAACUCUCUAGGCCUACCCCAUCGACGCAUCAUCUUUGACGGCCCGCCUGCUCUGGCGCGUCGCAGCCCAGAAAUGAGACGCCUGUUCAAUGGAAUGGCUAGCAACGGUAGCUUGGUUGACCAAGGCAUGUUCCGUACGGGAUCCCCGUUACACUCGAGUCGCUUUCGGUCUCUCUCUCGCUGGGGACUUCGGCUCCAGUCGAUGUCAUGGCGUAAUGUACGGACUCGCCUACGACGUGUGCGUCAGCGACGAGACGAGAGAAAACGGGCUGUCCGGAGGGAAGCCCUGAAGCAGAGUAUCGGUGGCCCUGUCUAUGUGGCAUCUAGCACUACAGCAGAGGUGGCUAUGAGAUGGCCUAAAUGA